AUGGAAAUGAAUAAGAUUGCUACCGGUGAAGCUUUAAGGAAAAGGAACAUCUCGGUUGAAGACGCCACAUGCCCGUUAUGCGAAUCGGAUGAGGAAACUUCGGAACAUUUGUUUAUUUCCUGUUAUGUCGCUUCUAAUAUUUGGAAUGGAGUGUCUUCGUGGUGCAAAAUUCCUAACAUCUUUGCUUUUUCCCUCUCGGAUCUUCUCAGAAUUCAUGCGGAUUUAAGGGUGUCGGAGAAAAAGGAGGCUAUCCAAGGUAUCAUCAUGAUCGUGUGUUGGAGCAUAUGGCGUGCCAGAAAUAACCUUAAGUUUUCUAACAUUCCGGUUAAGAUUGAGAACAUUGUAUGCGAGGUCAAGGCUUUAGAUUUUUUAUGGUUUUCCAAUAGAUCUAGAUUCAAAGGGUGUACAUGGGGGGAUUGA